AUGAAGGUUAUUUCAAUAAUAUUUGCUACAACUUCUUUCGAUCUCUCAUUCUCAACUCUUGCAAUUUUAUGUCCAUCGGUUUCAUCUGCAACAGGAAUAAAUUCUCUCGGCAGACAACCAUCAGAACAUAAGAAAUCAGUUACAUUUGAUGAUGGCGUCAAACCCGGUGUUGAUACAAAUACGUCUGAAGCAGCUACAAUUGCAGCAACAAAUAUCAUGUCAUCAAAUAAAGUGCGCACAAAUGAAACUGAUACAGAUCAAGCAUUCUUAUUCAAGCCAGAAUCCUUAACAGCCGAAGAACUUGAAGAAAAAAUACGACAACUAAAAGACCCAAAUGAACCACCUGUUGAAUUUCGUAUUCAUAAUAAUUUGAUUGUAAUCAGCAAGAUUGUUGACAAUUGUAAUUUAAAUCAAAAUGGUGGAUAUUGUUGGAUAUUUUCUACUCGUGGUUUAUGUACUGUUUCACAAGAUGAAGUUAUUUUUAUUUUUGAUGAAAAUAUAACUAAUGCAAGUGAAAUUAUUUCUGAUGUUCUUAUUCAUAUUCAUCAAAUAUAUAUUGAUGCAACUAAAGGUACAUUUGUUCGUCACUUGAGUUUAUCACUUUCAACUAAUUCAUCAACAUUUCUUGGUUCAUCAGCGGCAGCUGGUUUUCUUUAUGUGUCUGAUCCUACACCAUCAUACAAUCUAUUGCCUGAUGCACCCUAUCUAUUUGGUAUACUUAUCCAUCGAACAGAAUUACCUACUGCGCAAUGCUUUCCAGUAAGACUUCUACUUCGAUUAGGUUAUGAAUAUCAAAGUUAUCCAUGGCCAUUAGUUAGUAUUGUUAAUCGUAAUGCGUUAUUUAGUGAUACACAACAUACAAUAAUGAGUUUACUUUGUGAUUUUCGUUCAUUUACGUAUGUAUUACCUACAAUACGUGGUUUAAUCAUAUCAGUUGGUAUUCAAGGUUCUGUAUCAAUACGUAUUCCACGUAAUCGUCAUGAUGAUAUAUUAAAAUCACUUGAACAAAGUAGUCCACAUGCAUUAAGUUUUGGUAUAAUGAAUGUUAAUCGUCAAAUACAUACGAAACAUCUUGUUACAAUACAAAAUUCGAAUGAUCAACAAUAUGAAACACGUAUAUUUUCAUCAUCAGAUUCUAAUAAUGAACAAAUAAUGAUUGGUGGAAAUUUUCUUGUUAUUAAUGCAAGUCUUCGUUCUCGUGAUAGUCCAUCAAGUUCACCAUUAGAUAUACAACAAAGUGGAAGUUUUUCAACAAAUAAUAAUCUUAAUGCUAAGGUAAAUACAAUUGAAGAUGGAAUUAUGUUACAAAUUGAUGGUGAUGCACUUAAAGUACUUAAACAAUGUUUAAGAGAACGAAAAGAUUAUGCAAUAUUAGCUAAAGCUAGAACGAUUAUGACUGAUGAACAAAAAGAUUCAAUAAAUGGAACUAUUGUGAAAAGAAGUUCAAGUGAACAACUUGUAGAAUUUUUAUGGGUUGACGAAGAUAAUGAUGUUAAUCGAGGAGUUCGUUCACCAAUUGAUCAUUUUCCGAUGGAUGGAGUUCGUAAUUCUCGCAUCCAUUAUGCUGGUCAACGUUCACCAUUAUUUCGUCUUCGAUGGACAGAUUUAUUUUUUAUUGAAUGUCAUUUAAAUAAUAAUGAAUCAUUCGAUCCAACACGUUUAGCUGAUUCACUUGCUAAAGCUUUUACACAAGCAUUAACACCUUUUGUUGAUAUGCUUGUAGAAGCUAAAUAUCGAAAGUUAGGUUUACGUGUUACUAUUGAUCGAGAAAAUGCAUCAUAUUUAGCCGGUUCUAAUGGUGAACAAUUAUCACCAUUCUUUUUAAGUCAACUUGAUGAUCAUAUGAUUCCAAUUGUAAUGAAAGCAUCGGACAAUGUAUCACGUGCAGCACCAUCGCUUGUUCUUGAGCUUGUCUUCUAUUUGCUUGAUUAG